GUCCAGGCUGCGGCACACCUGAGCCAAGCAGAGGUCGCUCAAGCCCUGGGGGCCCUCGGCUUCCUGCCACACAUCACCAGAUUUUAGUCGCCGCUGCUGAUCAUCGAGUCAACUGUCACAGGCUGAGCGCUUUCCCAUUGGUCAGUCCGCAUGACGUCACCGGGAGCGUGUAUGAAGGUACUUUGAAGAGGAGGAAGGCAGGGCCGAGCCUUCCCCCUGCUCAGACCACAGAGGAAAAUCGCACCAUCAGCCUCCCUCUUUCUGUGUUCGGACCACCCUCCACUGUUCUCUCCUGGUGGACGGCGUCUGCUCGUGCAGGCCUUCAUUCCCAAUGAGAGCAAAGACAGAGGGAGACAUGAGAGUGAGAGGAGGGGAGUGGAGAGCAUGAACCUGCACAGGAACCACAACUGAGACGCCAAGCUGGGUCUUACCUGCACACCCUGGACCACUGAGUGAACCCGCUGACACAGAUCUGUAGCUUGUUUGGGGAUAAAGAGAGGAAGAAUCAUGGGACCUGGAACAUGGAGCCUAUUUAUUCUGCUUGGUUUGGCCCUCUGGAGCAACAGCCAAGCCCUCACCAAAAACCCCAUCCUCUCCCGGAUACGAAGGGCUCCAGAGGCCAGCGGAGAAAACAAAAAGUGCUCUUACACCUUCCUGGUCCCUGAACAGAAGAUCACAGGCCCCAUCUGUGCCGCCCGCGGUUACUCAACCGAUAAGGACAGAGUGACGCGCCUGGACGUGGCUGCAGUGCGCGACCUUCUGUCAAAGCAGCGUCGGGAGAUGGAGACUUUGAAGCUGGUGGUGGAUGUGGAUGGCAACUUGGUAAAUGAGAUGAAGCUAUUGAGGAAAGAGAGCAGGAACAUGAACUCCAGGGUGACCCAACUCUACAUGCAGCUACUGCAUGAGAUCAUCAGGAAGAGGGACAACUCACUGGAGCUGGCCCAGCUGGAGACACGCAUCCUUAAUGCCACCACUGAGUCACUACGUCUGGCCUCCAGGUACAGGGAACUGGAGGCCAAAUACGCAGCCCUGUCUGCAGUGGUGAACAACCAGUCAGUGCUGAUUGGAGCGCUGGAAGAGCGUUGUAUGCAGGUGUACAGCCGCAGACACGAGCACCCACCCAUGGGACCUCCUCUGGUGCAGGUGGUGCCUGAGAACAUUCCUGUCAAUGUGCCACGUUUCACCAAUGAGAUCCAGAGGGACCACACUCGAGGGUUUGCUCGGGAAAGAGGCUCUCGCUCUGGGCCAUCACCCACAAGUGGUACCCUGGAAGUCCAGAAACCCCCCGAGAGAAACUUCAGCGCUGAAGGCCCGUUCAGAGACUGUCUCGCCGCACAGGAAGCCGGCCACAGCACCAGCGGCAUGUACCUGAUCAGACCAGACGAAGCCGAGAGGCCAGUGCAGGCCUGGUGUGAACAGGAUAUAGACAAUGGGGGUUGGACUGUUAUCCAGAGCAGGAGAGACGGAUCAGUUAACUUCUUCAGGAACUGGGAUAACUACAAGAGCGGCUUUGGCAACAUAGACGGGGAAUACUGGCUUGGUCUGGAAGGCAUCUACAAUUUAGGGAGGCAGGGGGACUAUAAGCUGCUGGUGGAGCUGGAGGACUGGAUGGGCAAAAAGGUCUACGCUCAGUACAGCAGCUUCCACCUGGAGCCAGAGAGCGAGGGCUUCCGCCUGCGGCUGGGCACCUACCAGGGCAACGCCGGGGACUCCCUCAGCAGCCACAAUGGCAAACAGUUCACCACUCUGGAUCGAGACAAGGAUGCCUUCUCAGGUAACUGUGCCCAUUUCCAUAAAGGAGGCUGGUGGUACAAUGCUUGUGGCCAAGCCAAUCUUAAUGGUGUCUGGUACACCGGAGGCGUCUACCGCAGCAAGUUCCAAGAUGGGAUCUUCUGGGCCGACUACGGCGGAGGCUUCUACUCCAUGAAAUCUGUCCGCAUGAUGAUCAGGCCCAUAGACUGAGGAGAUACUGUAAGCCAGGCUGGUCCCCGGGCAGCUAUGGAGGCCAGGUCACACUUGAACCUCAUUCUAAGUCUUGACUAUAUAUAUGUCAUCAGCAACUGGUUGAUCCAAGAUAAAAAAAGACCCGCACCAAUGGAGAUUACCACCCAUCAGUAGUGACUUGAGUUGCCUCCUGUAACAGAAAUAGACUCUGUUUGAACAUUGUUCUCUUUAUAUAUAAUAGAUGCACACAUAGAGGGGUUUAGGGGACAUGACUAUUUAUAGUACGCCAUAAAACUCCUUUAAUCACCAAAUACACAUCAAGGUAAAGGUAAAUUAAAAUUGACUCCCAACAUUUUGCAGUUAAAUAAUGCAAGCUGACGAUCUGAUUUAGAAACCACAGUAUUUCCCUCAUUACUAGGUCAUCCCGAGUAGAAGAGGCGCCACAUCCUCACAGAACUUCAUUGGUAUUGAUUUCAUUCAUAAGCUUUAGUGUCACAGGAUCUAAAUGCAUCUCUUCCUACCUCGCCAAGAUAAACGUCUGGGGAAACACUCAUGCAUAGGAUUUAACUUGUGCUAUACUUGCUGGGAGCUGGAAAAUACAUUUUGUUAAUACCUAUAUAGAUUUAUUUAGACCCUGUAUUCACUUCCAGAUUUAAAAAGGCCAGGGAGCUGGAGAAAGGAAAUGUGGCUUAAAAACAUGUUUUAUGUACAUUUGAUUACACAGACACUGUACGGAUUUAUUUUUUUCUCCCUGCAGUUAAUAUGACCUGUGUGUUAAGCUAUGUUGUCCAAGUGCAGAUGACCGGAAACUGUAAAUUAUGUGUACAAUUAACUUAUCAUAACAGUGAAAAGGGCCAAGUAUCCUGAGGGAAUAGUGAAAGAUCCUACAGAAAAUAGAACUAAUUUCCACCACUGAACAUAUGACAAUCAUUCUCAAAGUGUGCUUGCCGUUAUAUGUUCUUCUCAUUUGGCUGUUGAUUAAAUGUCAGUAUGACUCUGAGAAAAACAAGCGUUGUUUAGAGAAAAAAAAGAUGGAAUUACGUUUUGUUUUGAGUGGUUUUCGACCAUGAAAAAAUAUGUUGACCAAGCGUCUUGAGAGUUAUAGGCACUGGGACAGACAACGAGGAGCACAUUGCUGAAAGCCAGACAGGAUGGAGAAAGAAAAAGAAGGGAGAGAGGGGAGGGAGCGGGGGAGGGAGGAGAUGAACUGGAAUGGAAAUGGUCCAAAUUUCCAAGUUAUUUUCCCCCCUUCUUCCUUUUAAAUACAGUGAAAUUUACAUUCUUUCCACACAAAAGUGCUUGAACUGUAUGUUUUCGUAAAAAAUAUCUUUCAUUGACAAAGUCAUGGGCUCCUGCACUCUGUAAUCACCGGUAUGGAAGGAAAGCGGUAUCCUUUUGGGGAAACCAUCCCAGAGGAGAGGGGAGCUGGGGGGCUUGAACUGGUGGGUCUGCUUUGAACAAGAGCAUUGCAUCCACAACACACAUGAAAGACAAACAGCCUUUGGUCUCUGAGCUGAAAAUAGACUCUCAUAUUCUGCUGUUUUUAUUAUUGACCACAAUGGCCCUCACACCCAUCUCUUUAACAAACUUAAAACUACGAAAACACAAAGCAGGGAGACCCAGCUGGACAUGGUAACAUGUUUAUGGACAUGUGAAAAAAAAAAAGAAAAAAGCAGCAUCUAAUAAAAGUGGCAUUAUUAUUUUGAAAUGAAACAGCAAUGAAAGCUGAAACCUAUGACUCAUAACACUUGGCAGAACAAACAUUACACAACUAACACUCAAUAAAUGGGCAACGUGUAGGGUCACUUCGGGGGACGCUCUUUUUCACUGGAACUCCAGAGAGCUGAUUUAUACCGUUAACCAAGUAGUACAUGACUGGUUAGUGUUUAGUUUUUGUUGAGAUUACAUGCACAUUCCAGUCUUAUCUUGUGGGUGUGAGUCAUGCCAAUAAACUGUUGUUAUUUCCCA